AUGUGGGGGAAAGCUCGUGAGUACUGCGAAGACAAGCAGCUCCCAGCAUCAAACUCCUGCAUCGGCCGUCAGCGGGGCUCCCGCUUCUGGCAGUGGACCACAGACCUUGGGCAUCGCCGGGCGGCUGCUGCCGGGCUGGAGUUGGAGCUCGCGCCGUGUCCCGUGGCGAGCGCGGCGCCGGCUUUAUGGAGGCGGCACCACGGCCCUCGCCCCAGCGGCCAGAGCCUUCCCUUCUCCCUCAGCAAUGAAGAUGUUGAGACAGGAGUCCACCUUGAUCCUGCUAUCAAGGAAGUUCAGUACAAUCCCACUUAUGAUACCAUGUUUGCUCCUGAGUUUGGACCAGAAAACCCAUUUAGGACUCAGCAAAUGGCUGCGCCUAGAAAUAUGCUUUCCGGAUAUGCAGAACCAGCUCACAUCAAUGAUUUCAUGUUUGAGCAACAAAGAAGAACAUUUGUAACCUACGGUUACGCAUUAGAUCCUUCUAUAGAUAACCCUGAAGUUGCUACCAAAUAUAUUGGUUCUGUAGAAGAGGCUGAAAAAAAUCAAGGUUUAACAGUGUUUGAGACGGGACAGAGGAAAAUAGAAAAAAGGAAGAAAUUCAAGGAGAAUGAUGCAUCUAACAUUGAUGGCUUCUUGGGACCAUGGGCAAAAUACGUUGAUGAAAAAGAAGUAGCUAAGCCCUCAGAAGAAGAACAGAAAGAGUUGGAUGAAAUAACAGCUAAGAGGCAGAAGAGAGGAAAGCUAGAGGAUGAUAAACCUGGGGAGGAGAAGACUAUAUUACACGUCAAGGAAAUGUACGACUAUCAGGGGAGAUCUUAUCUUCAUGUCCCUCAAGACGUUGGAGUUAAUCUCCGUUCUACAGUGCCACCAGAGAAAUGCUAUCUUCCAAAGAAACAAAUCCAUGUAUGGUCUGGACAUACAAAGGGUGUCAGUGCAGUUAGAUUGUUUCCUCUCUCUGGGCACAUAAUGUUGUCUUGCUCUAUGGAUUGCAAAAUUAAGCUAUGGGAGGUGUAUGGUGAUCGAAGAUGUCUACGAACAUUUAUUGGGCACGGUAAAGCUGUUCGAGACAUCUCCUUUAAUAAUGCUGGCACUCGCUUUCUUAGUGCAGCCUACGACCGCUACAUUAAACUCUGGGACACCGAGACAGGGCAGUGUAUAUCAAGAUUCACAAACAGGAAGGUUCCUUACUGUGUCAAAUUCAACCCUGAUGAAGAUAAGCAAAAUCUCUUUGUUGCAGGAAUGUCAGAUAAGAAAAUUGUGCAGUGGGAUAUUCGGAGUGGUGAGAUUGUGCAGGAAUACGAUAGGCAUUUGGGAGCUGUCAACACCAUUGUGUUCGUGGAUGAAAAUAGACGGUUUGUGAGUACAUCCGAUGACAAGAGUUUAAGAGUCUGGGAAUGGUAUGCAGCAUUCAAUACCCAUCUUUGUUUGCUACCCUUUUUAGGGAAAUGGCUGGCUUGUCAGUCGAUGGACAACCAAAUUCUGAUUUUCGGAGCUCAGAACAGAUUCAGAUUAAACAAGAAGAAAAUCUUCAAAGGUCACAUGGUAGCUGGCUAUGCCUGUCAAGUGGAUUUUUCACCUGACAUGAGCUAUGUGAUAUCCGGAGAUGCAGAUGGAAAGCUUAACAUCUGGGACUGGAAGACAACAAAACUCUACAGCAGGGUGAAAGCCCAUGAUAAAGUCUGCAUUGGUGCUGUCUGGCACCCGCAUGAAACCUCCAAAGUCAUUACGUGCGGCUGGGAUGGCCUUAUUAAACUGUGGGACUAAAGAGGGUGCUACAGAGCUGAGGUUGUACGUCUGGCUGACAUCUGAGAUUUGAGGGAAUUCUCUUCUAAGGAUGGGUAGACAUUUGUCAUACAGCUGUUCUCAGUGAGCUGUAUAUAUCCUCCCCAACACAGGAGAUCUUCGUGACAGAAAAAUGGACUGGAAAAAAUAUAGAUCUAAGUAUGACCUCCUGGGUGUGAAAGGCUGAGGUCAGUGAAGCAUGCAGCAUCAAGUGUUAGUUUGUCAUGUCACUCUUCUUUUGUGCAAAAUACUUUUGUAAAAUAAAAUAAUUUUAAGAA